AUGUAUAAUCUAGGACAUGCUGAACUGACAUUUUGGAGUCCAAACAUUGAUGUAGUACAAGAUCUUCGAUUGGGUCGAGCUUUAAUGACAAUCGGUGAAGAUCCAUUCACCGUUGGAACAUAUGCAGCAAACUAUGUUAGUGGUUUGCACGAUGUUGAAGGGAUUGAAAGUACUGAUGAUCCUAACUCCAGACCUCUUAAGGUUGCUGCUUGUUGCAGGCAUUAUGCAGCUUACGACAUUGAUAAUUUGCUUGGAAUUGAUCGCACCUACUAUGAUGCGCUGGUAACUGACAAGUCAAGUUGGAGACUUCCCAAAAACCCUUUGAAUUUUCUUUUUGGGAAUAGGUUUAGGUUGAAUCUUAUAGAAAUUUGGGCUGAAGGAGUGGAUAAACAUGCCUUGGGCUUCUCGUUAUUGCGGAAAGUGUGUGCGAUUGGUAGCGAUCUUUUGGGUUAUCCUGUAAUUUUAUUUUAUUUGGCGUGUCUUGUCCAGUGGUGA